UCUAAGGUGAUGGUGGUAUGAGAAAUUCGCCGAGGCCUUAACACAGAUUUUCCACAAAACACGGUGAAAUACUCUCCUAACGAUUCUUUUCAAACGUUCAUUGUUGAUCUCCAUGUUUUCGCUUGUUUGUGAAUUCAGGUGCGGUUAUUGCUAUGAACUGUCUUUAACCGCGACUCCGCGACGGCAGGGAAACCGGAUCCGGACGUAGGUGUGAAGAGGUUAGGUUCCCUCUGUAGUUUUUGUCCUGCACUUUAUGAUCCAAUGUGCUAGGUGCAUGAUAAGAAAUUGAUGAUUUAUUUCGAACGAUUGACUUGCAGUUGAUGUGGAAAAUUUGCUGCCACUGCUGUCUGCUUGUUUUGAUUGGUAGACCUUCCUUGCUACCAUACCAUACCAUACUGACCAUACUAUCGUGAUGGUUUGGCGGUGUUGGUGUACUGACCAUGUUAUCCAAUUCUGAAGGAUCAUAGACUUUUCAUCAAAGAAGUACACCUUAAUUUAAGACAUAGAACGUACAGAAGAAACUAUAAUGAUGCGGGGUCAAUUUCCUUUCUCAACCAACAAACCAUUUGAUGUCAGUGAAACACCUACAAAACUGCAACAUUUAUGUCGAAUGUGUGCAGCAACAUGCAAAGAACCGGUUUCAUUAUAUGGUCCUGAAGGAGUGGCACAUGAACUUGCUGUUAAAUUCUCUAGUUACUUACCCAUCAAGGUGGCAGAAACAGAUACCCUUCCACUGCAGCUUUGCUAUGAUUGCACAAAUUUACUCAUUCAAUGGGAUGCUGCAGUUCUUGUGGCUAUUGCUGCAGACAAAAAACUAAGAGCCUUGCAGUGGCGAGAACAGUUUGAAAGACAGAGAGCUGGGGAAAAUAUGAAGGGAUCGAACACUGAAGAGUCGCUGUCCUGUUCACUUUGCCCAAAAAGUGGUAUGGUGUUCAGAGGAUUAAUUGAGCAUUUGAAAACCCACGAAAGGCCCCCUUCUCUUUCAAAUGACAACAAUAAUGCUGAUUGCAACAAAAUUCCAAGAGAAUCACAACUUCCUGAAACAAUUGUGCCCAAUUUAGCUGGAGAUACUAGUCUUGAUGCUGAUGAGCAUAAUGAUUCCUCGGAAUCAUUCGUUUUCAAGAGGAUUUUACGGCCCAAACAAAAGAAAUCCAGAACAAGUGGUCAAUCUUCAAGCGAAACAAAUACUUCAAAAGUGCGGCUGAGAUCAAAAAGGAAAAGUUCAGGGAAACAGGAUGAAAUUUUUUCUGAAAGUUCUGAGGAUGGUUCAGACGAUGGUGUUGUUACUUCGUCAACCAGUGGUGGAUUCAAUUUACUUAGUGCACCAUCAUCAUCCCUGCGUACUUUUUCCAAUUCAGAUCAAAAUUUGAAGGUGAAAAAUGUGCCAAAAGAUUCAGAUCCAACACCUUUCAAACCUAAAGUGCGAAUAAUUUCUGCAGAAAGUAUUAAUCAAUCAUUAGAAGAGCGUGCAAAGGCCAACCAGACUGCAAAGAGUCCAGAAUCUCAGAAUUCCUCCAUUGUUAAGACUGCACAACCACCCAUGCAAUCAGUUCUCAAACCAUUGACUCUAGCUUCUGCCUCACAAAAGACAAUUGUUUUACCAGGUGGUGUGUUCAAAGUAGAUAGUAAUAAGACUCCAACUAAGAUUUUGAAACUACCAGAUGGAAGAUUUGUCAGGUUGCUAGAGACCAAAGUCCCUAUAGCUGGUGGGAAGUUUGUGUAUGCUCCUCCACGCAAUUUACCCUCAUCUGUAUUGAGUCGAAUUGCACAACCCCAGGAUAAAGAAAAAACACCUCUUGCUCAGCCUUCCCCUCCUGUUAACCAAGAGAUUGCUCCUGUUAACAUAGCUCCUGCUCCAGAAAUUAAUAGUAGUUCGAAUGAAAGUUCUAAAGACCUCAGAAAAACAGUCAUGUUGAGUGAUUCCAAAAUCAUUACCUUUAACCACCAACCUGGACCAAAAAAUAGCGGAAGUCGCUACAUCUGUGUAUUUUGUGGGAAGCGUAAUUUAACACAAGACUGUUUGGAACAACAUGCACGAUCUCAUUCUAAAGAUCAGGUAGUUAAUGUAUCCGUACCUUCUGAGCAAAAUGAUUAACAUUUCUUCAGCUUUCUUUUUUCAUUUUAAAUAGAUACAUUGUAAUGAAAUAAACACGUUGUACGUCGGCUGUAAGUUUUAUGUUCUGAAAUGAUUUGUUUUAAGGCAUUCUAGACCUGCAUAUUUGUAAUACGGCUAUUGUAUUUGAUUUUUCUUUUCUUGUCAUUGAACUUAUGAAACAAGUGAUAUUUUAUGUAAUUCAAUACUUCAAUUUACUUAGUGUUUCACUUUUAAAAUUGGUGAAAAUAAGUUCUUUUUAUGAAAUAAAAAUAAUCAAUGAAAUGUUCAAAUUAAAA